AUGUUUCAGCCCCAGAUGUUGCAGCAUGGUCUGACCUCUGACCUCAGACUCAUGCUCCUGUGUCUGUGUUUGUGUUUGAGGACGGAGCUGGCUGAACACGGGUUCAGGUUCUGUACGGAGUCUCUGGAGGCCAAACUGCAGAAACAGCUGGAGGUCCCUGCAGAGGAGCAGACCGAGGAGCAGGAGGAUCUGAGGAAGGAGACACGCCUCCUACUCGGUCUGUGUUUGGACUCUAGAGCUCGAUACCGGGCCUCAUCGAUGCACCUGAACCUGGCCAAACAGGACUACCAGAACGCCCUGAACAUCUGCCGCCAGGAGCAAGGGGAAACCCACCCACAGACUCUGGUGCUGAUGAGCGAUCUUGCGACCAUCUUGGAUCUUCAGGGUUGCUAUGACGAAGCCCUGGCACUGAUCCAGCAGGCUGUGAACCUUAGCCGGUCUGUGGGACACCCAGACCGACACGUCCUGCUGGGGAACAUGGCGGGCAUCCUGCUGCACAAAGGUCAGCUGGAGGACUCAGUGCGAUGCUACAGGGAGGCUCUGAGUCUGGCCCGAGAGGCCGGAGACCAGGAGGCCAUGGACAUGAUCGAGGAGGGACUGAAGGAGGUGAAGAAGAAGAGGAAGGAGGAGAAGGCUUCACAGGAGUGACUGUGGCGGUCUCAGACUU